AUGGUUUCCCCAGCGAUUGCCCUGGCCUUCCUGCCCCUGCUGUUGACCCUUCUUAUCCGGUACCGGUUCUACCUGGUUCUUCUGUACCGUGCGGUUCUGGUACGCUGGUUCUAUGACUUGACCACGGGUCUGACCCGAGAGGAACGUGCGUUUCGGUACGUGCUCAUGCACGCCACGCCCGGAGAGCCCAACAGCAUCCUGGACGCCUUCGACAGCUGGUGCAGCACAGUGGAGUACAUCAGCCACAUCGGCCCCAAGAAAGGUCAGAUCCUGGAUAAGGUGGUGUUGGACAUUUCUCCGCUGGUGGUCUUGGAGCUGGGCACACAUUGUGGCUACAGCACAAUCAGAAUCGCUCGGGCACUUCCUGUUGGGGCGCGGCUUAUCACCGUGGAGAUGGACGAGCGGAAUGCACAAAUAUCUGAGAAGAUCGUUCGAUUGGCUGGCUACGAUGAUGACAUGGUGGAGCUGCGCGUGGGCGCGUCUGAGGAUGUGAUCCCGCGUCUGCGUGAGGACCUGGGCGUGGAGCGGGUGGACCUGGUGUUCAUGGACCACUGGAAGCGCUGCUACCUGCCGGACCUGCGUCUGCUGGAGGCCUGCGGCCUGCUGGGACGCGGCUCCGUGGUGCUGGCCGACAACGUCCUGUUCCCCGGCGCGCCCAACUUCCUGCGCUACGCCCGCUCCUGUGGCCUCUACCAGCUGCGCAUCCACCGCGCCAGCCUGCAGUACAGCCACGGCAUCCGGGACGGCAUGGCACAACUAGAGUACUGUGGCCUGCAGAUAGACACAUGA